ACUCCUCGCCAUCUUACUCUCAAUAUCCUCAGUGAGUUAUGACUAAAAGCCAAAAUUAUUAUCACUUAGACUCUCACUUUCAACCUCCUCAGAGAAAUCUGGUUAUGACUGAAAACGCAAAAUCAUGUCUGCAAUAUUAUAUAUAAAGAACAAGUAAGCUAUUAUUGAAACCAAUCCUCGAAAGUCAAAUCCACGAACAUAUGUACUAACAUUCCAUCAAAUCAACCAAGUUACCUUUUUCCAACACAUUGCAAACACAAAUAAAAUAAAACCUAAAGCAAAAAUACAAACAGUACUGACCAUUAUAGCUUCCUAUACUUGGACUUUCACUAAAAUUCUUAAUCUUUCAACAUGGAGUCAAAUCUUCACCACACCUUACCGAUGCCAUAACUAAACAUGUAUAUAAAUGAACAGUAGUUGUAAAGGCGCAGUCGUCGGGGAAAAUCAAUCCAAGAUAGGCGCGUUGGAAUUGUCUUCCUUGAUAUAUACAAAUAUCAUCUUGGCUACAUACUUUCAGUUUCCUAAAAAUGACGUCGCGUCUUUACUCCUUUUUACUACACUUAUGUAAUACAUUAGCUCUAUUUUACUCACUGUCUACUUUAUAGUACUUACAUAUUCUAACAAUACUUCACCAUCCUCAUAAAUACUUUAUCAGUAAUUAGCAAUCGAUUCCAAUUAACUAAUCAAAAUUGUAUAAAAAAUACAUCAAUUCAAAUCUAUUAAAAUACUCACUUUUCAAAGUACAUUCCAUGCAAACAAUUAAAAUAUCCAACUUACUUCUCCAUUCUUGCAAACAAAUUGCGACCUCGCAAAUACAGAUCAAUUCAAUAUUCAUUUUUCUCAUAAGCUUUUAAUAAAGUAAACAUCAACAAAACAUAGGGCUCAACAUUGCGUUGUUAACUUAAAGCUCUAGCAAGUUAUUGGAGUUAUAGACGAUCAGAUUCAGAUUUUUUUCUUCCAAACGUUUACAUUUAACACAAAACAUAGUCAAUCCUAUGUAGACUUACAUUUCCGCUAAUUUGCUCGUAUUGACCUAUAACAAUGAAAAGAAAGAGACCUCAUCCUCAUCAUUUUAAACUCAAUUGCACUACAGCGGAAGACGCGUUGGAGCAUUCCCCAACGCAUAACAAAAUGUUGUGGCUCCAGUGAUUGCCCGUCGUGACAUUGGUCAACAUAAUAAUAAGCCCAAUAUUCGAUGAAUGCUUUCAUCGAUGGAUAAAAAACAGUAAAUAAGGUUGGAAAAGCUAUAGUUGAUGUUUGAUUGUUAUAUUAAAUAGUCAGGUAUUAAGUGAUAAAGAUGCAAACAAUGUUGAAAACGGAGUUCAGUAAAUGUACAUGCUAACGCUGCUCAACUUGACUUUUGGUCAAGUCUUGGAGAACUAUAACAGCUGACUUAAUCUGUGAUCCAGUCUUGGAGAAUUCGAUCCAAAACAGUACUGGGAAUGUGCACCCAGUCUUGGAGAAUUAGAUCGAAAACACACAAGAAACAGCUGACUUCAUCUGUGGUCCGAUUUUGGAGAAUAAGAUAACAAACAAAAAACACUUUGAGCUUCUGUCAAGUUCAGGUUGACGUCAGGGUGCACUAAAUCAAUAUAGAAACAAAACCAUGGGAAUCAGGUCAUGGUAUAAAAAAAUCGCUGAAAUAAGGUCAUUUAUUUGUUUGCAGCUGUUAAAAUCGAAUGGUAACGACCGAAAAGACCCGAUAAACAAAUGUUUAAAUCGCUUUUGUAUUUCAUGGGUUCAAUUUGACCGAAUAUAAAGUCUUUGUUUAGUUGUACCCUUUCUAUCGUUCAGUUUCGUUAACGCUGACAGCGUCUGUUGAUACACUGGCUCAAACUCAUGUCUGAAAACUUUUUUUUGUUUUCCUAUCGAUGGUUGACCGACUCAAAUAUUUUGAAACCGGCAAGUCUUUUUCUUUUUCUAGAAUCUGAUAUACAUGGAUAAUUCUGUCAUUAAUAAGUUUACACUUUUGACAACUUCAGGCCAGAAACCUGUAAGCGCAUAUGUAGAACCAAAAGCCGGUGGUUAACGGCACUUGCAUUUACUGAAUAAUACAUGUUUUCUGUCGGCAACGCCUAAUUUUACUCGUCAACCGUUCCCCAUAACACACAAAAAAACACAAUGGCAAAGUUUGAGAUUUUGAAUAACAGAAAUAUGUAACAUCUAAAAUUAUCGAAAAGAAAAUGUAUACUUAAUUCAGAAAACAAAGUCACGACUAUACUGAUAAGCCAAUAUGUAAUCUGCCAUCGGAAAAUGAAAGAUAAAUCAGUCUUUUACGUGAAAUAAGUUUUAAGCUUAUUUUCAUAUUUGGAAUGUUCUUUUUAAACUAACGCAGGUUGAUCACACUGAGAGGACCUUAAUCCUGCCAGACAUCAGCUCUGCGUUCAGUGCCAUCUUAGGGUAUUAACAGCAUAACAGACAAGCAAGCACCUUUACUGAACUCAUAGCAUGAUGCCUGUUGGUCCCAAGCCCACACAAAAGGAGAGGGGGUCCGGCAAAUGUAAUUGCAUUCAUUCUAAGAGAGUUGCUCUUGCUCUCAAACAAAAGAACCAUGCUGUUAUUUGUAUAGUAGCGAGCAUCAUCCUAACGUUGAUUUUUCUUGUCUUAAUAACAAUGUGGGCUGUUACAAGAGCACCUUUAACAAUAUCCAAAGAAAGCUCAGCAUGCAUUCCUUGCGACAAAAUGGAACAUAAUUCUAACGAAAACCAAGACGCUGAAGCUGCUGGUAUCAAAAGGAGAGACGAUGGGAUAUGUUGUGGACCUGUCGAAACCAUUGCUCAGAUAUUGUUCCAAAAGGAAAUGGCAGUUCAGUAUUACUACAGCAGUUCCAGUCGAAGUCUAAUCGACAUGGCAGAAGUGUAUGCUGACUGUGAAAGGGAAACAAACGACAAGCAGCCCAUGGCUAAAGUAGUUGGGAUUAAGGAGUUCACUGCAAGCUACAUAGUUGAUGGUCAUAACAAGAUCCUGUGGAAUAAAAACGGGAGAACCUUUUACGCGAAUAACUGCAUCCACUUGGAACUCGAAGGUGAGAUAUUUAUCCGGAAGGCUGGCUACUACAUAGUUUCUUCGCAGCUGAAUCUACGACGGCGAACGGAGACAAGCAUACCGAUGAAUGAAACCAGACCAACGACGUUCAGUCACCAUGUAGACCUGCUCUCACACAAGUAUGGCACGAAUGGUGUGCUGAUGCAAACCAAGAAGUCAAUUGCAACAAAUGGGGUUUAUUUCACAAGUUUCCUGUCAGCGGUUUUCAAGCUCAACAAGUAUGACAGGCUCUCUGUGUCUGUAUCGCAUCCUGAAUUGUUAGACAUUAACAAUCCCAAUGAUCAUUUCCUAGUGUAUUACACCUAUGAUCUACCAAACUAAAAUACUCUUCAAAUACGUUUUACUUUAAUAUAUCAAUUCAAAGAAAACUAAUUAAAAGAUUUUUUUUUAAGCUUACACAUAAACCUCAUAAGCAGUGCCUUAUAAUUCUUUCAAAUGCAUCCAUAUUCCGACACACGACCUAGUGACCUUGUUGUUUUUUUACCAGAGAUGACCCUUAUUCACAUUUUUCUUAAAUAUUGUUCUGACAAAUAUUCUGACCAAGAUUCAUAAAGAUCGAAAAAACCUGUUGUAUUUACGACUAAAAAAAUGAAUUUAACGCAACCCGAUCCGUUUUAGCCAAUCUAUAACCCGGAAGUUCUCGAUUAGCAAUAUUCAUUUAUAAGGCUCUUGAGUUGAGUAACACAAUUGUUUUAUCUAAUAAAUGUAUAAAAAUGCUUUAAUAAUACAUUUUGUAUAAUGUUUAAUGCUAACCACUGCCUCUUCACUGUUAUUUUAUUAUAUAUAUAUGUUGUGUGGUCUCCACGUACUUAUAAUAAUGGGACCAAUGAAUGAGUGAUGUUUACUUAUCUUUCAUUUCAUAAUAUAUGUCACUUUAUUAACGCACUUUUUUUCUUUUAUGACGUCAUUUUGACAUCACGGAGUGAUACUUGUUAUGACGUGACGUUAGCAGUGUGGAAUAAGAUGUUGCACUGGAAUGGAAUACGGAAUACCGUAUUUUGUCAUUUAAAUUGUGUGUGGAUUUAUGAUUGGAAUAAAAUAAUUAGAGUUAUUAGAACUGCGCUUUCAUCUGUUGUAUUUGACUCGAGGGAGUGGAUUUUUCAGAUUCAGAUUUUAAGAGACUCUAACCUACUAAAACGAAAAUCCACGAGUCCAAUACGACCAAAUAAAUUGUUCAAUUCAUUUAGAAUACAAAUGGUUUCAAAGUUAAUGAUAACACUACAAUUAUUCCUCAAGGACUAUAACUGUAUAAAUCCUUUAUUAAGCUAUUCAUUAUAAUAAUUCAACGAAGGAUUUAUGAUAAUAAAAACAUGUUUGUCUAUUUCAUUUGAAUAGCUUUAGUGGUUUCCAAGUUAUAAUCAGAACAGAACAGAAUGACAACAUGUAUAACACAAUGAUUAUAAUUGUACUUAUAUUGAUUUAUCGAUGUUUUUUGUUUUAUUAUUGAUGCUGCUGUUAAAUUAAAACGCCAUUUAAUUUCCAUAAACUUAAUAAAUCCCAUA